GAGUUUAGACUUUAGAGACCAGUAAAAGAUGAGGAGCUGCUCUCUUCCACUGAGCCGAGCGAGAACGAGUUUAAGUUCGACAUUAAAUCUGGGAAUCUGAGAAUCGACUACUCAGCAAUGAAAUGUAUGUCUUUCAGUGUGCGUUUCACUUUCAACUAAACCCUGACUGCGAGCAUCCCACGUUGAACACGUGGAUCUGCUGACACUGGACUCCUUGCUCACGUCUGACAUCCAGUGUCAGCAGCCGGUGCUUUGAAGAUGUUCAACCCUCAGAUAUACCUCCACUACAACUACACAGGCAAGCUGGACCACCGGCCCAGCGUUGGCACAAGCCCUGGCACAGUGGACACCAAAACCAUUGUGUUCCUUAUCAUAUGCAGCUUCAUCGUCCUGGAGAACCUCACCGUUCUGGUGGUCAUAUGGAGAAACCAAAGGUUCCACACCCGCAUGUACUUCUUCAUCGGCAACCUGGCGCUGUGCGACAUGCUGGCCGGAGUCGCUUACCUGGUCAACCUGCUCCUGUCAGGAGAGAAGACCCUGCAGCUCUCACCUGCUCUCUGGUUUGUCAGAGAGGGAAGCAUGUUUGUAGCACUUGGCGCCUCCAUUUUCAGUCUCCUGGCUAUUGCUAUUGAGCGACACCUCACUAUGAUCAAAAUGAGGCCUUAUGAUGCCAACAAGAACUACAGAGUGUUUCUGCUCAUAGGGACCUGCUGGCUGAUUGCUAUAUCUCUUGGAGCUUUGCCUAUUCUUGGCUGGAACUGCCUGGACAACCUCCCUGAUUGCUCCACAGUCCUCCCUCUCUACACCAAGAAAUAUGUAGCUUUCUGUAUCACAGUUUUCAUGGUUUUGCUCUUAGCCAUGUCAAUCCUUUAUGCCCGCAUAUACAUCCUGGUCAAGUCCAGCAGCCAAAAGGUAAGCAAGCACAGCAACUCUGAGCAUGCGAUGUCCCUGCUGCGCACUGUCAUCAUUGUAGUUGGGGUCUUCAUCGCCUGCUGGACACCAAUCUUUAUCCUGCUCCUGGUGGAUGUGGCAUGUGAGCAGCGUUGCCCUAUCCUCUACCAGGCUGACUGGUUCAUUGGCCUGGCUGUGCUCAACUCAGCCAUGAACCCGGUCAUUUACACUCUGGCCAGCCGCGAGAUGAGACGGGCCUUCCUAGGUCUGGUGUGUGGCGUUUGCUUUAGGGGGAAGGCUUCUGUGAAUGGCAGUGGGAACAGGCAGUCUCUGGAGCCCAGCCGCAGCAGGAGCAAGUCGUGGAGCAGCCAGAACAACCCCAACCAGAACCAGCAGAGCUCCAGACAGGCGGAGCUAGAAAAGGGGCAGGAGACGGACACUGCCCGUGGCGAGGUCUCAGUGGUGGCGGGAGGGGCUGCUCAGGCCGUAAUUGAGAUUGACAGAGGAGACUGAACAAAGGGAGCAAGAUGUGUACAGUAGGACAGUAAGGGUGGUCCUAAUGUGUAAGAUCAUGGGCUUGUGCAGUGGCCAGAAUUGGUGACGAAAAGGAAUAUGAGUUGUGAUUGAUUCAGAAUGAUGGAUUUCUUAGACUGCAGGGAAGUGGUUUCUCCUGUGUGCUUGAUAUUGAUUUAUCUGCAUCAUCCAUAAUUGGGAAGUGUAUUAAAAUGUCCACACUUGGCAUUAGACUGAUUAAUGUAUGAGGCCAAUAUGUUCAACGACACAAUCAACACCAUUUCUUUUGAAGUACAGGUCAUAUUUCAUCACUGUCCAGUGAGAACCACGUAUCUCCAACUUUGUUCAUUUAACAGUUGAACUGAAGGAUGAACUCUUUAUUGGUCGAGAAGAUAAACCAUCUAAAAAUCCGUUAUUAUGGAUUAUCUGGAGAAAAGAAAAUGCAUUGUCACAAAGCAGAAAACUGUUUUUCUUAGCUAAUGCAAAUUGGACAUUUUGGAGGUACAGGGUUUUUCGCAGGACAAUGACGAUUUGUUAAUGCAUGGUGCUCUUACGCUUGAAAGAAAAACAUUUACCUCCGUGGUUACAGAUGUGACCAGAUAUGACAAAAAAAAGAAGUGAAAAAUCACCUGGAAUGAAUUAAAGUGCAAUUAUAGUUCAGCAAAAAUAAUGAAGAAUGACUGUAGGCAAUGAUUAGUCUAAUGGCAAUGGAAGUUAUUUAUUAUUCUCAGUCUAGUCUGUAAUUUUGUAUUUACUCAGUAAUACUACAGUAUGCUGUGCAGUUACUGUAAUGAAAACUGCAUUAUAAAAUUGCAUAUGUGAUGUCAAUGAGAUAAAAAGCAAAAACCUGCUUAUAUAAGCAGCAUUGUGUUCAAACUGCUUCUGUUAUCACCAUACAAAGAAUUGAUGUGAUGCCGUUAAAUAUACGUAGUUUAAAGUGAUACCAGGGCUCCAUCUGCUGGUUAAUAAUGGUAGUUAUUAUCCUCAAUGUUGACUAGAUAUUUUCAUAAUAUGCUGCAUGUUCAGAAUCUUUUCAACCCUCAUUUUAGUACAAAAAUGAAGUUGUUGUGAGCGUCUGUGUUUCAUCUGAUUAUUCCAGAAGUCAACUCAAUCAUCUUUAGAAGCAUGAGGUCAGUAAACUGAAGGAAGAGGCAUGUGAAAUAGUUAUACUGACCUACAUGCAGCUAUUUGUAUGAUGCAAAAUAUUAGCUUUGACACAACAAACCUCAUGUUUCCAGUAGAGGGCAGUUCUGUCCUUGUUAUGUGCAGUGUCUUCCUGAUUCCUUUGAGAAAAUAACUUAAAGGUUCAUUCACUCAUUUACAAACACAUAUGUAUUAUGUACUCACUUAUUUGUUGUAGUAUCUAACCAUGCAUGUUUUUUUUUAUUUGUCCAGGCUUAGAGAUAUCCAUCUGUACAAUACAAUUAAUGGAUUUUUGUUUGUGUUGCUCACAACAUUGAAAAAAUACAUUUUAAAAUAUUAAACAGCAACAUCUUUUUUUCUCUCUCCAGAACAGC